AUGUCGUUUCGCAAAAAGGUUCAAAAGUGCCAUGAGAACAGAGCCAGAUCAAAAUCAUUGCCGAUAGGCAGUGCACCUUUCACGACUUCGCUAUUCUACAAACAGCAGCCAGAAACACAAAAGUCAGCAGCUCUGCGAUGGGACCAUUUACUCAGUCGAGCUAGUACUCUCCAGACUGUAUCGCCACUGAAAAUAGCUUCCCGAGGCCAGCCGAUGAUCAGUCUGGGAACGGCUCGACCUACGCCAGAAUACUACCCUUGGAAGAAGAUCACUCUAGAAUGUCUGAAAACACUUGGCGGUACAGAUGAAGAACCCCCGGAGUUAUCGUAUAUGUCGUGCGCUACCGGCGAGGCCGCGUAUGACCUGGCGGUAGCCAUGAAUUAUGGCUACUCGGCUGGGUCGCCACAGGCACUGCGAUUUAUCACUGAGCAUGUGGAAAUGAUACAUGAUCCUCCAUAUGACGAUUGGGCGUGUUGCCUGACCUGUGGAACGACUUCGGCCUUGGAUAUUGCGCUGAGAGUUUUCUGCAAUCCUGGCGAUAUUGUCCUCACCGAGAAGUUCACUUAUACCGGGACCCUUACAGCUAUCAAGUCCCAAGGUCUGCGUACUGUGGGCAUAGAGAUGGACGACCUUGGACUCCUGCCGGACGAUAUCGAUAAAAGGUUGCAGAACUGGGAUGAUGGCCACGAGCAAGGCUCUAAACCACGAGUCCUCUACAUGAUACCAACUGGACAGAACCCAACGGGGUCAACACAAUCUCCGCAUCGGCGAAGAGAGAUAUAUCGCAUAGCGGUCAAACAUGAUCUGUUUAUCUUUGAGGACGACCCCUACUACUUCCUGAACAUGGGGACAUGGCAGUCAGGCACGGUCAAGAACGAAGACAGGGACAACUAUCUCGCCAACCUUCCACCCUCGUAUCUGUCGCUCGAUACCUGUGGCCGUGUCCUACGUAUGGACACUGCAUCCAAGAUUCUGGCUCCAGGCUUGCGAUGCGGAUGGGUCACGGGCUGCUCGCAAAUUAUAGACAAGUUUAUAUCCCUGUCCGAAGUGGGAGUCUCAGCACCCAGCGGGCCAUCACAGGUCAUGCUGUUCAAGUUGCUAGAUGAAACAUGGGGACACUUGGGGUUUGUCGACUGGCUACAUUCUCUGUCGAGGGAAUAUCUUCGGAGGCGGGACAUACUACUGCAAGCCUGCAGAGAUUAUUUACCAAUGAAGAAUUGUUCAUGGAUGGUUCCCGACGCGGGCAUGUUUGUCUGGAUCAAGAUAAAUGUGUCUGAUCAUGCAUCACGCAAGCAAGGACCUUCCUCGGCUCAGGGACACCAUCUUGGAAUUGAAGAUCAUAUUUAUACCCAGUCUCAGGCAAAUGGGGUUCUAGUGAGUAAAGGAAGCUGGUUUGCUCGGGACGGGUCGUCUGACGAGGUCUUUUUCCGUCUCACCUUUGCGGCUGCUCCAGAGCACGACCUUGUUCGAGCUGUUCAAGGAUUCGCCGACGCCGUCCGCUCUGAAUUUAGCGUGGAGGUAUGCUCCUAA